AUGGUCCCGGGACAGGCCCAGCCCCAGAGCCCAGACAUGCUGCUGCUGCUGCUGCCGCUGCUGCUGCCCGUGCUGGGGGCAGGGUCCCUGAACAAGGAUCCCAGUUACAGUCUUCAAGUGCAGAGGCAGGUGACGGUGCAGGAGGGCCUGUGUGUCAUCGUGCCUUGCAACCUCUCCUACCCCCGGGAUGGCUGGGACGAGUCUGCUGCUGCUUAUGGCUACUGGUUCAAAGGAUUGACCAACCCAAAGACGGGUGCUCCUGUGGCCACAAACAACCAGAGUCGAGAGGUGGAAAUGAGCACCCGGGACCGAUUCCAGCUCACUGGGGAUCCCGGCAAGGGGAGCUGCUCUUUGGUGAUCAGAGACGCGCAGAGGGAGGAUGAGGCACGGUACUUCUUUCGAGUGGAGAGAGGAAGCUAUGUGAGAUAUAGUUUCAUGAACAAUGGGUUCUUUCUCAAAGUAACAGCCCUGACUCAGAAGCCUGAUGUCUACAUCCCUGAGACCCUGGAGCCGGGGCAGCCGGUGACGGUCAUCUGCGUGUUUAACUGGGCUUUCAAGAAAUGUCCAGCCCCUUCUUUCUCCUGGACGGGGGCUGCCCUCUCCCCGAGAAGAACCAGACCAAGCACCUCCCACUUCUCAGUGCUCAGCUUCACGCCCAGCCCCCAGGACCACGACACCGACCUCACCUGCCACGUGGACUUCUUCAGAAAGGGUGUGAGCACACAGAGGACCGUCCGACUCCGCGUGGCCUACGCCCCCAGAGACCUUAUUAUCAGCAUUUCGCGUGACAACACGUCAGCCCUGGAACUCCAGGGAAAUGUCAUAUAUCUGGAAGUUCAGAAAGGCCAGUUCCUGCGGCUCCUCUGUGCUGCUGACAGCCAGCCCCCUGCCACGCUGAGCUGGGUCCUGCAGGACAGAGUCCUCUCCUUGUCCCACCCCUGGGGCCCCAGAACCCUGGGGCUGGAGCUGCCCGGGGUGAAGGCCGGGGAUUCAGGGCGCUACAUCUGCCGAGCAGAGAACAGGCUUGGCUCCCAGCAGCGAGCCCUGGACCUCUCUGUGCAGUAUCCUCCAGAGAACCUGAGAGUGAUGGUUUCCCAAGCAAACAGGACAGUCCUGGAAAACCUCGGGAACGGCACAUCCCUCCCGGUCCUGGAGGGCCAAAGCCUGCGCCUGUUCUGUGUCACCCACAGCAGCCCCCCAGCCAGGCUGAGCUGGACCCGGGGGGGACAGACCGUGGGCCCCUCCCAGCCCUCAGACCCUGGGGUCCUGGAGCUGCCACGCGUUCAAAUGGAGCACAAAGGAGAGUUCACCUGCCACGCCUGGCACCCGCUGGGCUCCCAGCACGUCUCUCUCAGCCUCUCCGUGCACUGGAAGCUGGAGCAUGGAGGAGGACUUGGCCUGGGGGCUGCCCUGGGAGCUGGCGUCACUGCCCUACUCGCUUUCUGUUCCUGCCUCGUCGUCUUCAGGGUGAAGACCUGCAGGAAGGAAGCUCGCAAGAGGGCAGCAGCUGAGCAGGACGUGCCCUCCGCCCUGGGGCCCAUCUCCCAGGGUCACCAGCAUGAAUGCUCGGCAGGCAGCUCCCAAGACCACCCGCCCCCAGGUGCAGCCACCCCCACUCCGGGGGAGGGGGAAGAGCAGGAGCUCCACUACGCCUCCCUGAGCUUCCAGGGGCUGAGGCUCUGGGACCCUGCGGACCAGGAGGCCCCCAGCACCACCGAGUACUCAGAGAUCAAGAUCCACAAGGAACAGCCCCUGAGGGGCCCAGGCUUUGGGCUUCGGUUGGAGAGGGAGACGUCAGGGAUGGUUCCAGAGUGAAGAGUUCUCCAUGGAAACAGGGCACCAGCAAGUAUGUGGGAGUCACGCUGGUGUGACGGCCAGAACGCGACUCAGAUUUCAGCCCCAUCCCCAAUGAAGAGCUUGAGUUUGAAGAUUAUACUUUUUUUGAGACAGGGUCUCACUUUGUCCUCCAGGCCGGAGUCCAAUGGUGCAAUCUCAGCUCACUGUAGCCUCAACCUGCCAGGUUGAAGUAAUCCUCCCAUUUCAGCCUCCUGAGUAGCUGGGACUACAAUUGUGAGCCACCAUGCCAGGCUCAUUGUUAUAUUUUUAGUAGAGACAGGGUUUUGCCGUGUUUCCCAGGCUGGUCUCAGACUCCUGGACUCAAGCAAUCUGCCUGCCUCUGCCUCCCAAAGUGCUGGGAUUACAGACGUGAGCCACCACAGCUGGCUGAAGAUUAUACUUUCAAUUCAGAGCGAGUUUGAAGAUGACACUUUGAGGCAUCGUGUCUAUGGUUCAUUACUACAGAAGCUUCUCUGGACAUGUAAAGCACAGAAACCAGGCAGAGGAGGCACAGGGUGCUCUCCAGAAGGAGAGGCCAGCUCCUGGAGUUGUUUGCUGCAACUGCCAUUCCCCGUUGAUGACCAUUCUCUUCCUUCAGAAGAGGGAGAGUGAGAGAACCAAGUCCGAGUGGUUCCCAUUUUAACAUUUAAAAAAAAAAAAAAAAAGGCUGGGCGUGGUGGCUCAUGCCUGUAAUGUCAACACUUUGGGAGGCUGAGGUGGGUGGAUCACAAGUGAGAAGUUCAAGACCAGCCUGGGCAAGAUAGUGAAACCUUGUCUCUACUAAAAAUACAAAAAUUAACUGGGCAUGGUGGCAGGCGCCUAUAAUCCCAGCUACUCGGGAGACUAGGCAGAGAAUUGGUUGAACCUGGGAGGCAGAGGUUGCAGUGAGCUGAGAUCGUCCCACUGCACUCCAGCCUGGGCAACAGAGUGAGACUCUGUCUCUAAAUAAAUAAAUGAAUAAAUAAAGCCUGAGUUUGAGCAA